AUGUCAUCCACACCUUCUCUCGAUCUCAGCAAUAUACAAUGGCGGAUGCCUGAAUGGGUACAAUCUGUGGGAGGUCUGCGGACCGAAAAUGUUCUUGACUACUUUUCAUUUUCUCCGUUUUAUGAUCAUAAAUCCAAUAAUCAAAUGUUAAAAAUGCAAUCUCAAUUUAAUGCUCUCGAUUUGGGUGAUCUAAAUAAUCAUUUAAGAAGACUGACCGGAACACAAUUCGUCGUAACUCAAGAAAGACCUCCGUUUUUAUGGAUUAUUCAAAAGCAACAUCGGCUCAACGAGCAAGAAGUACGACCAUUAAAUACUUAUUUUGUUUGCAACGAAAAUAUUUACAUGGCUCCUAAUGCAUAUACAUUGCUAGCAACUCGAAUGUUGAACGCUACUCAUAGUCUUCAGACUGCUUUAAAAAAAAUCGAAAAUAUGCCACAGUACCAUCCUCAAGAAGGAUAUACAUAUCCACAGAAGAUUUCUGACAAUUCAAGUUCACAUAUUAAAGAUCCACAGGAAUCCGAUAAUAAAGAAACCGCUGCUGUCGAUGAUAACGCCGAUAAUACAUUUUCUACCGAAGACUUCUCAGUCGUGAGAGCAUUUAUGAAAAGCCUACACUCUUUCCCUAAUCCUACUAAUCCUUAG